AAAAUAUUGCACUUUAUUAACAGACAAUAAUACAAGUCUAUCGAUUUAUUUAUAAUAAGGGAUCAUCAAAGAUCAAUCAAAAUUAUUUUUAAGAAUCUUGCCUUUUCAGCGCGCAAUUUUGGAGAACUUUUCUCUGGACUAAAUCGAUAUGAUAAAACGCGACUGACACAAAUACUUAGAUAUUUUAUUUUGUAAUAAACUCAUUAUCAUAAAUGUGCACAGGGAUCGGCAAGGAGCUAGCCCUUCGUCUCUCCAAAUAUAAGGGACAAGUGUUCGCAAUCUCGAAAACAAAGAAGAACUUGGAUACCUUGGUAACGACCGAUCCAAAAAUUCAGCCAAUCUGUGUCGAUCUUCGCGACUGGAAUGCAACUAGGAAGGCCGUUCAAAGUAUUCUGCCGAUCGAUCUAUUGGUCAAUAAUGCCGCUGUCGCGUGCCUCUCACCGUUCUUGGACGCCACGCCCGAAGAAUUCGACCUGACUUUCAAUGUCAAUGUGAAGGCUGUAUUGAACGUGUCCCAAAUUGUAGCCAAGAACAUGAUCGAGCGCAAAAGCGGCGGGAAUAUUGUAAAUAUAUCAUCGCAGGCUGGUCAGGCGGCAUUGAAGGAUCACGCUGUUUAUUGCGCGUCAAAGGGAGCUCUCGACAUGCUGUCGAAAGCAAUGGCCCUCGAACUGGGUCCCCACAACAUAAGAGUCAAUAACGUCGGUCCUACAGUCGUGAUGACGGAAAUGGGAAAAUUGGGUUGGAGCGAUCCAAAGAAAGCACAGACUAUGAUCGACAAAAUUCCGCUCGGUCGAUUCGCUGAGGUCGAUGAGGUGGUGGAUCCCGUUAUAUAUUUAUUGAGCGACCGAAGUUCCAUGAUCAACGGCGCCUGCUUGCCCAUCGACGGUGGUUUCUUAGCUGGAUAAGCAAAAAUUCAGGAUCAUCCUCUUUAAAAGAGAAAAAAAUCGAUUAUCUCUUUUAAGAGAUACACCGUACACGUUAAUCUCUGUUCCUAAAAUAUAAUAUUUGUGGAAAUUAAUGAAGUUAUGCCGUGAGUGACAUUAAUCACUUUGUUGCAAAUGAAACGAUUUAUACGCUGCGUGUAAAAGAGCUAAUAAAGAUUGUUGCAAUAUA